AUGUCUGUCCCCAUAUUCUGCAAUGUCUGCUUCUGUGAGCCCUGCAAGACCGCCCCACAGUUCAGCCUCACGAGCUGUGGGCAUGUUAUCUGUGAGAUCUGCCUCCAGAAAGGCAAAAAAGAUGAAUGUUUGAUCUGUAGAACUCCUUGUCGUACAUUAGUCCUUUCAAAACAGACAAGUCCUGAUAUUCAAUCACUGUUCAUGGGAAUAGAUACGUUAUGCAAGAAAUAUUCAAAAGAAAUAACACAGAUUUCAGAGUUUCAAGAGAAACAUCGUAAACAUUUAUUAGCAUACCACAGACAAAAGACAGUGAAGUUGGAGGAGUCUCUCCAGAAAGUAACACAACAAAUUCAUCACCUACAACGUAUGAAAACUCCUGAACAAAGUACACAACUACCAUAUUCCAGUACAAGUAGAAAUCAAUUUUACAAUCCUUCAAGAAAACAGAAUGGUUAUUCUUCAUGUUCUCUUCAUCCUAGACAUCCCUCCACCUCUGACAUAUUGGAGCCAAUGGAGAUCGAUCCUAUAGCUUCACCAAUGCGGAAACCUGAGACACCAACUGGUCCAACAAGAUUAUCAUUAAUCACUCCACCACAAGAUGGACGUAUGGGUAGUAUAUCUUACAGAAGUUCUCAGUCAUCUGGAGUAAUGUCAAGUCAAAAUAGUGGAGCAGGAUCUACGAGGUCUACACCAAUAAGGCUACCACAUAGUGGAUGUUCACUUACACCAUCAUCUGGAUCACAAAGUAGUAGAAUGGGGUCUUGGGCUAUUUCAGAUUUCAGAACCCCUCAGAUGUAUUCAUUUACAUCACCUUCCCCACAGUCAUCUGCAACAAGAUACCCAAUCACUAUCUCUGGACUUCUGCAAAGACAACAUUUAG